AUGAUUCGCCAUCCAAAAAACAAGAACAAAGUCAAUCUGAAGGCGCUCGACCGCGGAACGAAGACCGUCGCAGCUGCGGCAGCGGCGGUGGGUGUCCACCGCUCGACGUGGUAUCGCUGGAAAGAGCAAGAUACAUUAAUCAAGACGGCUGCGGAGAACUUGCCUACCAAGUUUUACACUCAUCGCAGUACUGACAUGUACAUCCGAGACCCAAGUUUAGAGAAAAAAAAUGAGGAAAAACCGCUACCUGUGUGUAUGUCAAUGGAACGUCUGUUGCUAAUGCUGGCUCGGUACAAUCCUGAACGCGUUAAAGCGCGCUCCCGGAACGGGAACAUGUCAUUUAUCCGACGCUUUCUAAAGCGCAACCGGCUGUCGAUUCGACGAAUCACCACAAGGGUAGAAAGAAGCGUCCCAACAUGGAGGUAA